UCUCAUACCACCUGCAAUUUCAUUGGCGUGAUAUCACUGGGAAAUCCCGCGUCUGUGUGUGUUUUUAUAAAGAGCCAGCAUACUGCAGAGAGGAGUUCAGAACGUGUGAACCUCUGGAACGAAAGGAUAUAUUUUGAAUAUAGCCAAGACGCAUUCGCACUCACUGGAUUAACUUCUUGAAGAUUUGUUUAUCUAUUACAGAUAAAACAACCAAAAUGCCUGUUUCAAGAACGCGCAUGAGACCCUGGCUGGAAAAAAAAAUCGACUCCAAUGAAAUUCCAGGAUUAGUCUGGAUCAAUAAAGAGAAGAAAAUGUUUCAAAUUCCUUGGAAGCAUGCGGCCCGUCACGGCUGGGACUUGGACAAAGACGCUUGCCUGUUCAAACAGUGGGCCCUACACACAGGGAAAUUUAAACAAGACUAUAACAAACCAGACCCGAAAACAUGGAAAGCCAAUUUCCGAUGUGCAAUGAACUCUCUCCCAGACAUCGAAGAAGUCAAGGACAGAAGCAUCAAUAAGGGCUCCAGUGCAAUUCGAGUGUACAGAAUGCUCCCCCCAGUAACCAAGGCACAGAGGAAAGAUAAAAAAUCACGGACGAAAGAGGUCAGAAACAAAAAUAAGAACAAGGUGAUGAGCAUGAAAUUGAAGGUUGAAGCCUCUGACUACAGUGAACAUGAGCUUCCAGAUGACCACAACACAUACACAGCCCCACACGACAGUCCAACACAGGAAGCUCAGGUUGACUGCACAGAUAAUCAUUUAGUAGAAUUUAGUAACAACCACUUUGAAGAAGACAUCAUUAGUGUGCCCUCAGAAUGGAGCCAUACUGUGGAGAUCUCCACAGCCGACAGCACAAACGACAUCUACACAUUCCAAGUGUCCCCCUUACCCUCUCCAGAUCUGGAAGAAGCGGAGGACAGUAACCUCCAUGAUGUCAUUCAGAUGGCACAGGAAUUGGAGCAAGAUCAAACACAGUGGCAGCAAAGCAAUAUUAAUGGCAAAGGUUUCCUGAGCAAUGCAGUAGGCACGUCAUUAACGCCACAAAAUAUCGAUCACGGCUGGAGUGAUGUUACAGGUGAAAUUGAAUUGCGAUUUUAUAGUGAACUGAAAACAGGAGUGGAUCUUGUGAGCUAUCUUGACCCCAUCAAUUCCUGGCAAUCCUCAUCCAGUUUUGCACCCGUUGCCUGCCUGCAGUAGUUCUUAUAAAUAAAUCCAUAAGCUUGUACAGUAAAUAAUGUAUAAAUUGUUUCCUUAAAACAAAAAACUUUGACCGAGGGACUUCAAGGAAUCAUUUGCGGGCAUUUGUACCGCCUUCAGUACAUUUUCAUUAUAUUGGUAAAUGGUGCAGAGUAGACCAAUAUAUUCUUUUUUUUUUUUUAAAUAUAGUUGAUUGAAUAUUUUGAUGUUCGUUCAUUUACUUAUUCUCCUUCUGUUAAUGGAUCCCUUAAUUAAAUUCCAAUACACCAUUAGGCUAGUGCACCUUUCUGUCUUCAGGAACAGAUGAUCAUCAGACUUACAGAAAGCACUGCAUCGAGAUUUACAAUGAUGUGAAAUCUGUUAUUUGUGUUUCCUUUUGCACCAACAAUAUUGUAAUAGAGACUUUCUUUCUGUGAGUGGAGAUGCGCGCUAGACGUCACUUUGAGACAGAGAUUCAUGUGUGGAUGAGACAAUAAGACUAACAACAGCUUCACACAUUUUGUGGAAUGUUGUAUUGUAAGAAAAGAGUGAGAUAACAGUCCAUGUAGCUUCAAAUGAUGUUUUGAUGCAGCCUUUUGUUAAAAAUACUAUCCCUUUGGUAAAAGCUCUAUAAUGUGAACUGUAUAUAGUUGUAAAUAUUAAAAUUGUACAUAUUAUCUUUUUUGUUAAAAAAUAAAAAAAAAUUAAAUCAA